AUGGAAGUCUUCAGGAAGGGGUUCGUCCCAGCCACUUCAACGAACCCUGCCGACCUCGCGACACGGGGUAUUACAGUUAAAGUACUACAAGAGUCCGACUGGUUAAGAGGACCCUCCUUCUUGAAGUCAAACUCGCCUACCACCUCAACAAUCGAUGAAUCUGAGAGAGAUAUCGACGUGAACGAUCCAGAAGUCAGACAAGAGGUAAAAGACCACGCCACCAGCACCCAGAGGGCUUUCGGAUUAGGAUCAGAACGAUUCAAUCGGUUUUCAGAAUGGUCUACUUUUCAGCGAGCCAUUGCAAAACUCGUCAUGAGAACGAAAAGAUUCAAAAUAAAGUUGGAGCCACAAAAGUCACAGCACGACCACGAGACGACCGAAAGCGGAGACAACGGCGGUCCUACCCUAGACGCAUCUAAACGAGCUGAAAUCUUGAUAAUUCGAACAGCCCAAGAAGAAGCCUUCGCGAACGAAAUCAGCGUACUGCAAAGGAGGAGAGGCAACGAACCAGAAAGUCGCCAGUCCUUGAGAGAAAAAAGGACGGUGUUACGAAAGUCCAGCCUGUUUCGUUUGGAUCCUUUCCUCGACAAAGACGGUGUUUUUAGAGUCGGAAAACGUAUACAUCGAUCAGAUUUGGGGUUUGAGGAGAAGCAUCCAAUAAUUCUGCCAAAGAAACACCACGUGUCGGAGUUGUUGGUCCGUCAUUAUCACCACAAGGUUUACCACCAAGGCCGUCAGAUCACGCACGGAACCCUACGGCAAGCUGGUUAUUGGGUCGUCGGCGGCCACGGAAUGGUGUCUAGAAUCCUGAAUUCCUGUCUGACAUGUAGAAAACUGAGAGGGAAUAUGCUCACCCAGCAUAUGGCCAACCUUCCAAAAGACCGAAUCGAACCAAGGCCACCCUUCACGAGCAUACGAGUUGACGUAUCCCGUAACGAGUGA